AUGACAGUAACAUUAGACGUUUGCAUCCAUGAGCUCACAUGUUCAAAUUAUCGGCUUUUAGACUACGCACAAAGCAGGACUACAGAAAUGGCAGAGGUUGCGGCAGAAAAGCCAAAUAGGGACUCAAACAGACCCUCUCCUUACCAACACUUUGAUACGAUGCCAACUGAAGAGGUCCUAGAUCAGUUAGAGCUGGAAACGAAUGAGUGGAAAGAGUAUUUAACGAAAUUAAGAAGCCUGGAGAAGAUUGACGGUCGAACAAAGUUUGAACUUUUCCGGAAAAUAGAUCAAACAUCCGUAUCGUUUUCAAAGAUGAUUCCACCCGCUGUGCAAUCAAAAAUCGGAUUAAGGGAGGCUACAGAUCAAGAACCUGCACCAGUCAUAGAUACAACGGUUCAAGCUAGUGAACAUUUGGAGCUGGGACCUGCAUCGCCUAUUGCUGUGGAUGAGGAGAAACUUGAUUUACAGGAAGAUUUACAGGAAAAUGCGAAGAAAAUAAACGAACAAAACAAAACUCUUGAAGACAAAGUAAAAUAACUUGAGACUCAAAAGAACGAGGAACACGUCUUGACAGAACAGAUUUCAAAGCUGAAACAAGAAUUGGACACCACUAAAUAUUCAAUGCAAGAAGUUAGUAAACAAAAGGAGGAUCUGAUGCUCAGACUAAGCAAACUUGCUGGGGACAAGCUAACGAAAAAUAAUCCCGACAUUACCGAUCUAAGCGACCCGAACCGUCCACUGAAACUUGCUGAUAAAUACAACGAACUGUACGAUAAUGAAUGGACCAACGCUUUUGAGGUCUUGGUAGACAGUGGUUACACAGAAAUGGAAGCUAUAGAGACGCUCCAACUAACGCUUCUAAAUGCAUUUGAGUUCUGCGAAAUGAAAGCAACCUUGGUACUGAAAGACACGGAGAGGGCAAUGAAUCUGCUGCUCGAGGUUGUAUAUCCACAGGAUGAAAAG